AGAAUAAUACACUGAAAAAGCCCUAAUUUCCCACCACUCCGCCAGCCGCCGAUUCUAUCUCUGCGAAUUAGGGAUUUUCUUCGCUCUCUCCAAAAAUGGCGGAUGUGGAGACGGAAGUGGCGGUCUCUGGAGUGCCGAAGAAGAGGACAUUCAAGAAGUUCAGCUUCAGAGGCGUUGAUUUGGAUGCUCUUCUUGAUAUGUCUACUGAUGAGCUCGUCAAGCUAUUCACUGCCAGAGCUCGUAGAAGGUUUCAAAGAGGUUUGAAGAGGAAGCCAAUGGCUUUGAUCAAGAAACUGCGCAAAGCUAAAAGGGAGGCGCCUCCUGGCGAGAAGCCGGAGCCAGUGAGAACCCACCUUAGGAACAUGAUCAUUGUACCCGAAAUGAUUGGUAGCAUUAUUGGUGUUUACAAUGGUAAGACCUUCAAUCAGGUUGAGAUCAAGCCUGAAAUGAUUGGCCAUUAUCUUGCCGAGUUCUCAAUAUCCUACAAGCCUGUCAAACACGGAAGGCCUGGUAUUGGUGCUACUCAUUCCUCCAGGUUCAUUCCCCUCAAGUGAAGACUUUACUUGCGAUUUUGUCACUUAGUUGAUGCCAUUUUUCCGCAGAACCAGAUAUUUAAGGAGCUUUUAAGUAUUCAUCUUAUAAUUUUGACCUUAAAUAUGUAUGCUUUGCUUGUUGUGGACCAGUUAAGUUUCAGAGUUUUUCAAAGUAGAGCGUCAGUUAAGAAAAUUGUGGAUUUUUGGCAACUUAAUGAAAAUUAUCAAGCAGGUCCUUUUCUUUUUCUUUUUUAAA